UUCUCAUCUCCUUCUUCUCUUUCCAAAUCUAAUCAAACCAUCAUCAUGGGCCAAAUCAAAGACCUUCCCCCCGACCCCCCAGUCCCCACCACCUCCUCCUCAUCCUCCAUCCCCUACCCGCUCCCGGAAGACGACCUACCCCCGGCAUACAACGAAACCGACCAGACACCGACACCAACUGCACCCUACCGCGACGACCCGCUUUCCCCACCCCACGAAGCCUACACCAUCCCCGGCCACCAGCCGUACCACAGCGUCCGCGAGAAGACCCGCCACGCGGGGGUCGUCACCCUAGACCCUAUCCUCGCCACCGACGCCGAGGCGCUGUACAGCUUCGUCGACCAGCAGACCCGCCUGCCCCCGCGCCCGUGCCUGAUCAUCGGCGGCCAGCACCACGAGAAGGAGCGCCGCGGCAACGACUCCACCCGCCGCACCGUCUGCGACUUCAACUUCCGCAUCGACCUGACCCGCACCUUGCUCACCUGGGGCGGCACCGGCCCCCUCCAGCGCUGGUCCUACACCACCGUCGUCGGCGACUACGAUCACCAGAAAGCGUACCGCGGGGGGCGCUGGCCGUCGCGCGGAGCGCGGCACGGGAAGAAGUCAGGCGGGCGCAUCGCGCUACCAGCGGACGAGGGGACCACGGAACUCGGGGACGGGGACGGGGAGGGGGAUCGACUGAUGGUGGGGUUGGAAGCCGGGGAUGCGCAGGGGGAGGAUGCCCCGGGGCUGCGGGGGUGGUGUCGGCGGUUCUGCGACGACCCGGCCCCAGUCAAAUCAUUCACCUACCGACGCAACCUCAACGGCUUCGACGCCGCGCCCAUGCGCACCGCGCUCAUCGCCCACAUCCGCUCCACGGGCUACCAGGGCCACGUGCACGUCGCCCCGUCGCUCGCGAACGGCACCAUCACCGUCUACUCGCCGCACUGGAUCAACCGGCUCCGCAAUCAUGGGUUCGUCUACUGGGCGUGCAUCAUCCUCCAGCUGUGGGUCAUCACGUGGCCGGCCAUCUGGUGGAUGGAGCGGCGGUACGAGGUGGUGCGGUCGGAGUGGUUCUCGUCCCAGCUGGUCGCGGAUCCGGCCCACCCGGACGGGCAGCGGAAGGUGUACGCCGGGAACCAGGAUGAGGCGGCGGCGGCGGAGACGUGGGCGCCCGUCGUGCGCGAGGCGGUGUGGCAGGGGCGGAAGGGCGGGGAUAUUCUGGCCGAGGAAGAGGUCGAGCGGCUGCGGCGGCUCGGCAUCCAGCGCCGAGACGCCCUCGGCCAGGGCGGCGAGUUGAUCCGUCGCGGCCAGGCGGUCCUGGGGCUGAUGGGCAUUCGCAAUAUCGGCGGCGUGAACGUGACGGGGGCGUGGGGUGCGGAUCGGUGUUGAUGUUGGUGUUGAUGUUAAUGUUGAUGUUGAUGUUAAUGUUGAUGUUGAUGUUGGCCGUAAUGGUGGCCUGGCUGAGAUUGUACAGUAACUUACAUUUUGUGAUUCAGAGAUACCCCGACCUUGUAGAUACCGCGCUGCUUUGCGUGCAUUACCAGAC